UCACUGCUCCCAAUAUCCCUGGUGGUUCGUUCAUUGCCCCUCUCCUCCUUCGUAUCAACAUUUUGCUCCUGGCGCAAGCAAGAUUUGUGUGCCUGCAAAUUAAGCAGCUAGCAAAUUGAUUCAUCUGGAUCGGAGGUGCAGAUCCAUGGGUUAGAUUUUUGGAGCUUCUUGUCUUGAUGCCACGACAGGAGCUAGCUGGAGCUUUCCUGUCUUUACCAGGCCUUCACUGAAAUUUUAGUCAUCAUGCCGCGACAGCGACUGCGACUGCGACGGCUACCUGGACCGGGACCCGAAGUGUGGAUUGGUCCGGACACCGUCGAACAAGCGGUGCGACUGAUAAUCCCUUAUCUGGAGGAUACGAGCAAUACUGCACACAAGGCCAUAUAUUUUGAUGGAUGGCAAGGGCUGGCUGCUUCGGCGGUGCUUAGAGCCAUAGCUGAACACCAUCCACCAUCUCUGGUGGAGAAAUUUGACAAGAUCAUACACGUCGAUUGCUCGAAGUGGAAAAGCCGAAGAGCACUCCAGAGAUUGAUCGCAGAAGAACUCAAGCUUCCUCAGAGGGUAAUGGAUAUUUUUGACAAGCAAGAUCAAGAAGAUGAUUUCAGAGGGGUAGACGAAAGCUCUAGAGCUGAGAUACAAGACGCUGGGGCAGAGAUCAAUCGAGCCUUACGAGAACACAUAUGUUUAGUGUUCUUCCACAAUGGAAGCGGCAACACAAUUGACUUGAAUGAUUUUGGUAUUCCCCAACCUCUAAUGGAUCAGUGGUUUGCAUUUGGCAGUAAAGUAUUGUGGACAUUUCGAGGAAGGCUUCGGCUCAACCCAGGAAUUAGUGAGAAGGUGGAUAAUUCACAUCUUUUUCUUUAUGAGGACUCGUUGAUUAAACCUUGGAAUUAUUUGCUACAAAAUGAGGCUAGAGAAAUUUCCGGGUACAUGGAUAAGCUUGGAGAAGCAGUUGAAGAGUGUUGCUUGUAUCUGCUAUCAUUAAAUUAUCAAGGAGGCAACAUCAUGGACUAUGACUGGGCCCCCCAUGCUUCUAACUAUUGGGUCUGCGAUGGGAUCAUACAAGGAGGUCAGGGUGACGAAGCAUGGGAGGUUGCAGCUGCUCUGCAUCAACACCUAAAUAUAGAUGAUUAUUCAUCUAAUGCACUGCCCUAUUUUGGUGCACAAUUGGAGACGCCUCCAAAACGAUGGAUAUUUGUCAAGGACAGGUCUUUUGUGCAUCCAGAGUCAACAUCAUUUUUUCUCGGAGCAGCCACAAGUGGAUCUGAUCCUCCAUUAUUACCCAAUGGCAUGUUUCAUCAGUCAGACAAACUUCGUGUGCUCAAGUUAUGCCACUGCAGCUUCAAUUUUUCUUCACCUCCUUUCCAUUCUUGCCUCAACUUAAGAUUCCUCGGAUUAGAUAGUUGCAAAGAUCAACAAGCGGAAGAACCCAAGAAGCAAGAUAUGACAACAAUGGAUUUUUUUAAGAGCCUAUGGGUGAUAGACAUAUGCAAUACAGAUUGGGAUCUGCCUUCAUCACCAGAGAGAAUAGAGCAGAUGUCUGCAAACAUCAGGGAAGUUCAUAUAAAGAACGGAAGGUUUUGGUACAUCAUUUUUGCAUUGGGGCAACUGCAGAACCUUCGCAAGCUUCGAGUAAUUGACCCUACUUGCUCUUGUGAGACGGGCGGAAAGGAUGAAUUCACAGUUUUGCCCAGCUUGUCAAGAUCAACUAUCCUCAAGACUCUAGUUCUAGAUGGUUGUGUUGGUUUGGAGCACGUUGAAGGACUCCCUCCAUCACUUGAAUCAUUCAGCUUACAUGCAAGACCAAGAAAGGAUAAUUACAAGGAAGCCAAAAUAAGCCGCAUCUCCAUGGCUGGUUGUGCAAGAUUGUCUGACUUCACACUGCGUGGAUCACUUCCAAACCUUGAGGAGUUGGACCUCUCAAGCACAAGAGUCAAGACACUUGACCUCACAACUCAGGUGGUACAAGCCCCAAAUCUCCAGCAAAUAAUUCUAUUGGAAUGUUUGCAACUCCGUGCAAUUAUAUGGCCAGAAGAGGGUCUGCCAACACUGACAGUGCUGCACAUUGAUUCCUCGGCCAGUCCUGCUCAAACAAAACCACCUGAAGUUUAUGUUACUAUAAUGGACAUAAGGUUUUUCCAGUCCUUGGUAUUACAAAGCAAUGUUCGAUUUUGUUGGAAGAGCAAUAGGUACCAUCUAAAUCUCUGUGUCCCUUGUACCGUCAAUGUUAAGGGACAAAGCUAUAUGAAGGACAAGAUGGACCCUUGUAAUAGUGGGAAAAUAAUGGGUCCUCCUCAACCAAAAUCAUUAACCCCCAACACUUACAACACCUACAUUGAUGUCUCUAUUGACAACAUAAUUAUUGAUCACGACUACAACAAUGGAAUGCAGUUUCAGCCGUUGGGAUCCCAUGUUGAGAUUGGUGAUGGAAUUAGUUUCACCAGAACGGACAACAAAAGAGGAGUGAAGGCUAUCAUCUUUGUGAUGAACAAGGCUGAGUCAUUGCAUGCACACGACAAUUCCUGCAUCACCACUACAAUACCUGAACAUAUGAUGUCCAUAGGAAAUGAGAAACUUACAUGGCGACAUCUGAAAUCUUGUCAUAUGGUGAGAUGCCCCAAGAUGCAUACAGCCUUUAGUAUUACCAAUAAUUACUGCAACUUUGAAGAACUAGUGAACUUUUGGGCAGCUGAUCUCCCGAUGACCCAUUGCAUUUGGAGCAAAGAAAGGACGUGGUAUCUUAGAGACCAUAUUUCCUUUGCAAAACUGCAGAGCAUACACCUUUUCUCAUGUCCGAGGCUCACAUUUGUUCUCCCAUUCUCCAUGUUAUACACCUUGGGAAGCUUGGAGACCCUCCACAUCGUCUUCUGUGGUGAUCUAAGGCAGGUGUUCCCUGUGGCGCCAGAGGUUCUGACAAGAAUAGCUAACUACCAUAAAGGUGUACUAGAAUUCCCAAACCUGAAGCAUAUCUACUUGCAUCAGCUCUUCAAGCUGCAACACAUAUGCAAAGCCAAGAUGUUUGCUCCCAAGCUUGAGACCAUCAGGGUCAGGGGAUGCUGGGGUCUCAAGCGCCUCCCAGCCGUUGACCGAGACAGUCGUCCGAUUGUGAACUGUGAGAAGGACUGGUGGGAUAAGCUGGAGUGGGAUGGGCCAGAGGCCGGCCACGACCCUUCCCUCUUCCAGCCGCGCCACUCGGCGUACUACAAGAAGCCCCUGCCUAGAGUCUCAGUUCUCCGGUGAGCCGACCAGACACUAUUCAGGCUCGGUUAUUGCAGAACGACGACGGCAUCUUGCUGUUGUCGGCUGCUGUCGUUGCCGCAACGGUUCAGGUGUUUUCUUGCCAAGAUUGUGUUUUUUUCCCAAGAAUAAAUUGGUGCUGGUUUGACGCUGCGUGUGUGCACCUGAUUAAUUAUUUUCCCGUGAAGAAUGAUACUUUGUAUCAUCUGUGUGUGGCUUGAUUUGGUCUGCUGUAAUGAGUGUGCCUGUAAUGAUAAUGAAGGUUUGAUGUGCCCGUCCCGUGGGUGUGUUGUGUCUACCACGUAAGGCCACACAACCCCGGCCAUUUGGUGUGAGUGUGACCAGAGUGCUGCUUGCUUGCCAAAGACAGUGAAACAACGUAGUUAAUUUAUGUGUGGUUGAUUCA